GUCACCUCGCAUGACAAAAAAAUGUCUAAGAAUCAAACGUUUAUGUGAUGGUUGCACAAACUUUUCUUAAAGAGUUUACAAAUACUGUAAUUCAUAUCUUAUUCAUACAUAUCACACCUACAUCUACAAGCUAAAUUCUAACUUGGGAAUUGUUGUUACAGUUGUUUAGAUCGAUUCACUCGAUAAUUUACAUGUAUAAUCAAAUCGAUUCAAGCAUUUAAUAAAUAAAAUGUCUAAACUAAUUCAAGUAUUCAACAAAUUCACAAUAAUAAUAAAUAAAAUAAGUGAAUAAAAUAUUAUUGAUCCCUUUAGUUGACUCUAUAUUAUCUUGAACUCCAAAUUUUAUUUUUCACUGUUGAAAAUAUAAGGGUAAAUACAAUUUAAUAUUCAAACCUUUCAUUUUAAAUAAUAUAAUAGCCAAACCUUUUCGAAAACAAUCUAAUAUCCAAAUCAUCAACUUUUCGUCCGUUUGACCGUUGGUUGACACUUCAAAAAAGCUUUGUUUAGGGGAAAUUGUCACAAUACAACUUUGUUUUUUUGUUUUGGCAUUGCAAAUGACUGAAUAUUUAGAUAUUCUAUACCAUCAUGGUGGAGUCAUGGACUUCUCGGGUUUGGAACCACGAUAUGUUGGUAGUUUUUCAGAGAAGAUAUCGAUGGAUAUUGAUGAAGCGUCGUACUUCGAACUUUUUUGAAGUGUCAAUUAAUGGUCAAACGAACGGAAAGUUGAUGAUUUGAAUAUUAUAUUGUUUUGGAAAAAAUUUGGCUAUUAUUUUAUUUAAAAUGAAAGGUUUUGAUAUUAAAUUGUGUUUACCCAAAAUAUAACAACCCUAAAGUCACCAAAUCAACGGUGAUUGGGUAGCUGAGGCCCAAGGCUGGUUUCGUCAUUGCAUACAAAGUGAUGUCUUUGUUUUCAAAAUAAUAAUUAAUAAUAAAUAAAGUAGAUUUUUGCAAGAAAUUAUGUCCGCAUUCAUCUCUGUGAAAAAAGCUCACUUCCCCAUUUCUCCAGCUCCGUUUCGUCGGCCUGUCGCCAUGGUGAGAUAAUCUCUCUGGUUUCUUCUCUGCUAGCAAACAAGAAAGAGGAGCAGCCUCCGACGAAGACGAACCCGUUUCAUUUCUCCCCGUCCCUACCUUCUCUUGCUGAAUUUUUUUUUUUUUUUUUACCUCUGUACAAAAAAUCCCAUCGGUAAAGAAAUGGGCGAGAUCGUCCCGUUUCAAGACCUCAACCUCUCUCCGGUUCCGGCCGUCGGUAACGGGAACGGCAACACCAGCGCCUCCGGCGGUGCUACAACGUCAACUCCCAAUUUCCUUAAGGUUCCCAAAAUCGAGCCCAAGCUCGAGCCGCUAGACGAGAGCCCAAUUGAAGCCCAGCCGCUCCAGGAACCAGAUGACGAUUACUUCCAGGACCCCGCCCCUCUUAACUUUUAUUCCGAUCCCCAAAAUACCUCUCUCCCCCAGUCCGCCGUCGUCUCCACCGAACAAGAUAAUGUCUAUUCCGAAUACCACCGAAUCUCGGAGCUCUUCCGGGCAGCUUUCGCUAAACGCCUGGAGCAGCAGCAACAUCAGCAGUACGGCGAUGAGGUCACGGCGUUGGACCCGAACGCUGGUGCGAUUGUGCCCGUCGACACUGAGAAUCAGGUUUCCCCGAUCCUGGUGCCUCGGCCGCAGCGGAAGUACGUGAAGCGCUCCUCGGAGCUCGUUCGGGUAACGGACCUUCAGAUUGAGGAUAAGCGGUACUUCAGGGAGAUGGUUCGCAGCACUCGGUUGUUGUUCGACUCGUUUCGCGUAUUCGCCGUCGCAGAGGAACAGAAGCGCCUCAGCGCUGUGGGUCCCGUCUUCAGAAAGCCUCGUGGGGAUCUACUGGCGGCCUCAGUGAUGAGGGACCGUGGGCUUUGGAUCAAUCGUGAUAAGCGAAUCGUGGGUCCUAUUCCUGGGAUUGAGAUUGGGGAUGUCUUCUUCUUCAGGAUGGAAUUGUGUGUGCUUGGGCUCCAUGGCCAACCUCAAGCAGGAAUUGACUACCUACCUAUGAGCCAGAGCUCAAAUGGGCAGCCUAUCGCCACCAGUAUAAUUGUUUCUGGGGGCUACGAAGAUGAUGAAGACGCCGGAGACGAGAUAACCUAUACUGGGCAUGGAGGGCAGGACAAGUUUGGGAAGCAUUGUGUUCAUCAGAAGCUUGAAGGAGGGAACUUAGCCAUGGAGCGUAGCAUGUAUUAUGGAAUUGAGGUAAGAGUUAUCAGGGGGUUUAAAUAUGAAGGGAGUAUUAGUAGCAAGAUUUAUGUCUAUGAUGGUUUAUACAAGAUUCACGACUGCUGGUUUGAUGUGGGAAAAUCAGGAUUUGGUGUCUAUAAGUUUAAGCUGUCUAGGAUAGAAGGACAGAAGGAAAUGGGUAGUGCAAUUCUGAAAUUUGCAGGGAGCUUGAGGGCUAAGCCAUUGAGCGUGAGGCCAACUGGGUAUAUACAUCUUGAUAUCUCGAAUAGAAAAGAACUUGUCCCUGUCAUGGUGUUUAAUGAUAUCGAUAAUUUUGGGGAUCCGUUGCACCAUGAUUACCUUCCAAAGGCUCUGUUUCCCCCUCACUUGUGCAACACUGGAAGUAGUGGAACUGGGUGUGAUUGCGUUUCGGGCUGUGUGGAUGGUUGUUUUUGUGCAAUGAAGAAUGGUGGUGAAUUUGCUUACGACCAACAUGGAUUUCUGGUGAGGGGAAAACCCUUGAUAUUUGAAUGCGGACCCUUUUGCAAAUGCCCACCCAGCUGUCGCAAUCGUGUAAGCCAGAGAGGCUUGAGAAAUAGAAUGGAAGUGUUCAGGUCCAGGCAAACAGGCUGGGGAGUUAGGUCAUUGGAUUUGAUACAUGCAGGUUCGUUUGUAUGUGAGUAUGCAGGUGUUGUACUCACGAGAGAGCAAGCUGAGAUUUUUGCUAUGAGUGGUGAUACAUUGAUUUAUCCAAGUCGGUUUUCAAGUAGAUGGGCAGAAUGGGGAGAUUUAUCUCGUAUUUAUCCUGACUAUGUUCCUCCAACAUAUCCUGCUCUCCCGCCUUUGGAUUUUGCGAUGGAUGUAUCUAGAAUGAGGAAUGUUGCUUGCUACAUGAGCCACAGCACAGCUCCAAAUGUAAUGGUGCAGUUUGUGUUGUAUGAUCAUAAUAAUCUGAUGUUCCCCCACCUUAUGAUUUUCGCAACUGAGAACAUUCCUCCUUUGCGGGAGAUAAGUCUUGACUAUGGGGUUGCAGAUGAAGUAACGGGCAAACUUGCUAUUUGCAAUUGAAGCUUGGAACUGACUUUCUCUGUGUUGAAGCAGCUAGUUAUGGAGAUUGAGUAAUUCAGGUACACUGAUUUAUUUUCAAACUGCCCAUUUUUAUACUUUUAACAAUCAGAGAAUCGUAAUCUAGCGCCUGCUUUGUUGUGGUUGUGGUUCUUGUCCAACGUGUAGAAUGACAUUACGUAGUCUUGCAUGAUCAAUAGCAUUUUGACGUAAUGAGUUACGUAAAGUGAAAAGGCGCUAUGGAGCUUUACAAACACAUUUGUUCAACUGUUACAUAAGAAAUAAUUGUUGUUUUGCAACCUUUAGUAGGUUUCCCAAAUCACAUUACACAAAGUGUAAAGUUUAUUAUAAUACUUAUGUAACAUGUGUUUGCCUUACAUAAUAAUUUUACGUAAAUCUUACAUUUUAUACGUAAUGAGGUACAUAAAGUGCAAAGCCACUACGAAGAUCUACGUAGCACAUUUGUUCAAUUGUUACAUAAUAGAUAAAUUUCGUUCCUUAACUUUUAUGUAACAUAUUUAUGUGUUACCUAACUGUUGCAUAAUGGUGUUACGUAACGUAUGUCAUGUUUUUAUUUAAUAUAUAUUGAUAUUAUGAUACGUAAUGUUAUAUAGUAAUUUUUCUUUUUUACCCUUUACGUAAUGUAUUUAUAUUUUAGGUUACAGUUGUAGAAUGGUGUCAUGUACCCCUUACAUAAUGAAUAUUAAGAUCUACUUAAAAUGUCAAUUUGUUGAGCAGCCCAAUUCAUUGUACAGUUGGGCGCACACUAAUAAGAAGGAAAUUAAGUAAUAAGGAUUGAGUAAUUAUAUGAUAUAUCCAGGCCUAGAUUGAGGAAGAAAGUGAAAUGAAAGGAGGUGCUUGGUUAGCCAAGUGAGAAAGAAUUUAGGGGAACACAUCUCAACAUAAAUGCGGCCAAAGGGGAAAAAACCCUUCAGUGAACAGUAACCCAGUGUAAUUAGCGGAAAUUUGGUCAGGAAUAGUGCCGAAUACUUGCACUAUUAAUUAAUUGUCAGUCGCCUUAGUGGUUGUUUGCAUACUCAUUGGUGAUCAUUUUGUUUCAGUGCAAAAGGCUGUGCUCUGUUGUUGAUCAGUUUGUUCAAUUUGUCCCUACUGUCCUAACGCCUCCCUCUGUUUUUAAUCUUAAUAUCGAGCCUUGUUCUUAGUAUAUGUUUAAUGUCUUUAAUAUCUGAGUGAAAGUCGCUGGACUUUCUCAAUUCCGUCACCUGUCAUUGAUUGACGAGCUGUGUUGUGCACUUACAUGUGUUCUAUUGAGUGUUAUAAGCUGUAUAGUCUCAAGCCCUUGUAGUGGUAUUGACUGUGGUGCUUCCUUUUCUGUAGCAGUUGUAAGUUUCAGGGUGUUCUUUUUGGACUUAGUGAUGAACUGUGUACUCAGCAGGGAGCAGAAGAGUAGUAGCUUUACAAGUGUGUUUUUCUCACACGUCCUGUUUACCACUUUGGCAUGGUUUCAUGGAUUUUCCCAUUCAGUUACAUGCUUCGUUUCAGUGUAUGAUAGUUUGACGUAAAUGACUUCAGAUCCCCUCAAGUGUUAGCUUACUCCGUUUACGUCAUUGGUGACUAAAUAUAUUAACCUCCAAAUUGAUACGUAGUCAUCCUAUUCAAGUCAUAAAAGUUCAAACCAUGAGAUUAUUAACUUCCAUCACUUUUACUAAUGUUAUGAGUUUGUUAAUAGUCGCUGUGCGUAGAUGAUUGUAUAAGCAAUCCUUAUUACAGAUCAUACAACUUUAUAGUCUAAUAAAUUUGGAUAAGGAAGAAUAGCCUGUCAUAUGUUCAGCUACUUUACUUCGAUUAGUUCUUUUUUGGGUCUUUUCUGAAAUAGUUUAGGCUGAAAUAUGUUAUCUGUGCUCGGAAGUGAGUUAUCUCCUUGUGUUUGAAGGGGGCAAAAUAAGCAAUAGAAGUGGCA